AGAUUAUCUACUCAUUGCAAAUAGAAAAUUAAAAUAAAAUGUGCAGAAUAAACAUACGACCAGUUACUUGAUACAAAAAGGAUUUAUCUACGUAUAUAUGACGCUGGUUAAAGGUAACUUUGAGACUUCCAAUCCAGGUUUCCAGACCGAUCGAAUGUUCGAGAACUUUGCUGGUAUGGCAAACGGAGCAGAAGGUGGGACGCCAAACCCAGAAGGCGAAUCUGCAAACAAGGAAACAUUGGAAGAAACUGCAAAAAUGUUCGCAGAAAUACAGCGUUUAGGUGCAACAACCCAAAGCGAUGAUACAAUACCACUUCUCAAAGCCAUGAUUGAACCUACCUUGACAGAGGAGGAAAAGCCCAUCGCCCUUGAAUUGUUGAUGGCGAAACCUAGAGAGGAAAUCCCGGACGACGACACAGGGCUAGGAGAUGCUAAGCUGAGUGUUCGCUUGAAGGAAAUGGAAGAAGACGCCAGAAGAGGCAGGGGUCAUGCCUCGGGUGAGUUCAGACCACUGAACAUUGGCAAUAGGCUAGGAGGACUAGAGGGUUCACAAGGUGGCCUGGAAGGAAUAGGCAGCCACUAAUGAGGCUAAGGGUUUAGUUGCAGCCACCAGUAACUCAAGCACUUUCCAUCAACAUCAACGCAUUCCAGCAACGAUCAUGAUUGACUGUAAUUCAAACUAUUUAAGCAUCAGUAUAAAAAUUAUUUGUUAACCCAUAUCUUGCAUAUAGCCUAACUUACUAGGCAGCAUUUUCAAUAAGACAUAAGUCUUUAAUCAUUUGAAGCUUUCAGUUUUUUCUUCAACUGAGUCAUUCAUGUUAAGUCAUUAAAUCAUGCAGCAUUUUUAUAAGACAUUACUCUUUUAAAAAUGUAUUAUUUAAAAUGGUGUAACUUUUCAAAUCCGUCAUUUAAUGCUUUUAUUUGUAACAUGUACGUGUUUCAAUCAGUCAGCAUUUUAAAUAUAAUUAUAUGAUAUAUAUUUUGUAUGAUCUGAUGUUUUUUACAUUGAUAUAUUUGUAUCAUGUGAUGGUAUUUUAAGAUCUUGUGUUUAGUUGUGUAAGUUUUGUUUUGCUUGCAUAUAGUUUACUGUUGUCAAUGAAUGAAUGAUGAUUUAUUAUUAAUUAAUUGUGGUCCGAUUGAUUAUACCGGUAUACACAUUUAUGAAACUGUAUGCAAAUAUUGUUGAGUUUUUCAAUAAAUCAUCUCAAUAGAU